UGCCGGACUCCUCGACUCAGUUGUCACCUUCCUCAUGAUGGGAGCCCACGCUAUGGAAAAUCCACCUGUCAUGGACCUCGGCUUCAGCCUGAGAGAAAGUCUAAUCAAAUCUGGACGGUGGCUGGCCAAUGCAACUGACCGUGUAAAGCCAUACAAUGAACAGGACCAAGAUGAUGACGGUGAUGAUGUGAUUUUUGAUCACUUGUGCCUAAGCGAUGGAAAGGUGAAUGAGAAUGAGCUGACUCCAUAUGAGUUCCUUCCCCUUUCUUCACUGGAAUUCCUCUUUAGCCUUGGAAGAACCAAAAAGAUCAUCGCCAAAGCUUUUCCACAUGAGAACCACCAAUAUUUGCUGGCACAAAUCUGUGGGAACAGCUACAAGCGAAGCAGGAUUCGAAUUCUUGCCGUGCUCUGCCAAAUGAAGCGGCCUCAGCUUAUCAAGUCAUUUCUCCAACAUAAGGUGUUCGACGACUCGCUCCCAUUAGACAAGCAAUUGAGCAAAUUCGAAUGGGAGAAGAAAGACCUGUUUGACUUUAGAGACAAACAAUACAAGGCGCUUGCUCCGUUCUUUCAUUUGAACGCUGGAAAACUCAGACAUUAUUGCCUAAAUUCGAAGAUACAAAUUCCUUUUCUUUCACGUCGUGCCAUAGGCAGCGGGGCUCAUGGGGCAGUUUCCAAGAUCUGCUUGCACGAAGAUCAUUAUUUUUGGGAAGAAAACAAUGACUUCGAUCUCACGGGACCUUAUUUCUCGUUGAAGGAAUUCAACAGUGGAAUGGCAAGUGAGUUUUUGAACGAGCGAAAAGCCUUAGAACGGUUUAGUGGAUCACACUCUGGUCACCCUCAUCUCAUUCGGCUCUUGAUGUCGUAUGAGAUUGAUAAACACUACUUUAUGAUCUUCCCAUUGGCGAAAUACGAUAUGCUUGAGUUUUGGAAAAAGGUUACAAACAAUCCUACAUCCGACAAGUUUCUAGACUGGGUACUCACUCAAUGUUAUGGCCUUGCACGGGGACUCCAAAAAAUUCACAAGCAUGACGCUACGUUCGAGGAACAAUCGGACAAGUAUAUGGGGCGACAUGGCGAUAUCAAGCCUCGGAACAUACUCUGCUUUGACUCUCCGGCGGAAGAUGGUACUGAUGACCAUCGAGAUGUUCCCCGGUAUAGACUUGUCCUUGCCGACUUCACUUUCAUGCGGUUUCAUUCACCAUUGUCCUGUGAGCAUAGCACGGAGUCCGCUAUGAGAUAUACUCACACCUACCGACCCCCGGAAACCUAUUCAAACCACGGAAACAUCUUCAGCCAAAAGCAUGAUGUCUGGACAUUGGGGUGCGUCUAUCUAGAAUUCAUCACAUGGCAUCUUCUCGGACAUGAUGCCAUUGAUGAACGGUUUUGUACAGAGGAAGAUGGUCAAGUACGCGAGUUACAGGGUUUCCGGACCUUGCGGAAUCUUGAAGAUGCUGGCGAUGGCCGUUUUCUCGAGGAUGCAUUCUUCAACCGGGAUGAAAACAACCAAGCAUAUCUUAAGAAGUCAGUGCCUAAGUGGUGUUCCUAUUUACGCGAAAGACGGAGCUGCUCACCCCAGCUGUACAAUUUCAUCAACUUCAUUCAGAAACACAUGCUAGUCGUGGAACUGGGAGAGCGCGAACGUAUUGAUGUGACUAGAAGAUUACUCGAGGACGCGAGAAGGGUCUCAAAAGGGUCUUACGCCGCAGGCUCAAUUGAAGACAAAUCAACCAAGAAAGCCUUUAAAGACCACAUACUGAAAGGAAACAGAAUCUCUGAGAGAAGCAAUGAUAUGCCUGCCAAAGAUAUCAACAUAGAAGGUGAGGAUAAUCGCGCUGACGCAAAGUCCAUCGAACAGCCAGCUGUUUCUGCGAAAUCUCUCAUGGCCGACCAAGAAACACCCCCAGAGCCAUCUUUAGUCAAUAGUCUUCAUAUCACCCAAGCCAAAGAGAGUGAGAAACAUUCUGCCGAAAACUCCAACAUACUCUAUAAAGAUAACUCGGCCGAUAGUAAAUCUAUCGAACAACUAGUUAUGUCUAAGGGGCUGCUUGUUCCUGGGCAACAGACUUCUCUCAAGCCGUCGUCAUUUGGCAGUCUUCAUAGUACUCAAGUUGAGGAGGACGAAAAAAAUUCUACGAAACCACAACGCCCAUUGAGUUCUGACCAAAAUUCAAUGGAACGUGCUUCGCAGAGCUCCCAUAAUGAGAAAAGGCGAAAUUGGAUAUUUCGAAGACUAUCUAAAUCUAAGAAACACGUAAAGAAGUGGUGGUUCAAAUUCAAAGUGUCAACAGAAAGGCGG